UCUCGCGGCGUUUGGAGAUAUUUCACGCGCGCUGUAUGGAUGCUGAAUCUCUGGCGCUGCUGUAAACGCGACACGGAAUCAACAUGUCCAAUCCUCCGCACGACCCGUUCUACUCGUCCCCUUUCGGACCCUUCUACCGGAGACAUUCACCGUACAUGGUGCAACCUGAGUACAGAAUCUAUGAGAUGAACAAACGACUCCAGUCCAGGACAGAGGAGAGUGAUAGUCUGUGGUGGGAUGCAUUUGCUACAGAGUUCUUUGAAGAGGAUGCUACAUUGACCCUGUCCUUCUGCCUGGAGGAUGGACCAAAAAGAUACACAAUCGGACGGACCCUCAUCCCUCGUUACUUCAGCACGGUAUUUGAGGGAGGUGUGUCAGACCUCUACUACAUCCUGAAACACUCUAAAGAGUCCUUCCACAACUCUUGCAUCACUGUGGACUGCGAUCAGUGCACCAUGGUUACACAGCACGGCAAGCCUAUGUUCACCAAGGUGUGUACGGAGGGCAGAUUGAUUCUGGAGUUUGCCUUUGACGACCUGAUGAGGAUCAAGACGUGGCACUUCAACAUCAGACAGUAUCGAGAACUCAUCCCUCGAAGCAUUCUCGCCAUGCACGCCCAAGACCCUCAAGUCCUGGAGCAGCUCUCAAAGAACAUCACCCGCAUGGGACUGACCAACUUCACUCUCAACUACCUCAGGUUGUGUGUCAUACUGGAGCCAAUGCAAGAGCUAAUGUCUCGACACAAGACCUACAACCUCAGCCCAAGAGACUGUCUAAAGACCUGUUUGUUUCAGAAGUGGCAAAGAAUGGUGGCCCCUCCAGCUGGACAUCCACAGAACUUCAAAACUGAAAUUUUCCCCACAAAUCACAAAAAAGAGCCCGCUCGACAGACCACGACCAAGAGAAGAAAGAGAAAGAACUCAGCCAGCAGUGCGUCUAACAGUAGCCUAGGCAACAACGCUGGCAGCAAGAAACGCAGCCCUGCCAACAACUUCAGUCUGACCAGCCAGGUACCUGAUGUGAUGGUGGUAGGUGAGCCCACCCUGAUGGGCGGAGAGUUUGGCGAUGAGGAUGAGCGUCUGAUCACACGGCUGGAAAACACGCAAUAUGAUGCCACCAACGGCCUCGACGAUGAUGACGACUUCACGAGCUCGCCAGCGCUUGGCAACAACAGCCCCUGGAACAGCAAGCCGCCCACAGGGCAGGACAGCAAGCCUGAGAGUACGGCCUCUCAGCCUUCACAGUAGGAGACAAAACAAGCAAUGCCCCUUUAAACCACCUGGGCGGCUCUUUCUCUCUGACCUCACUUUUUACCGUCGAUGAUGUAAAUCCCAUGUCAUGGUGUUAAUGAUGUCAUCCAUUUUCACCAGAAACUGAUGAUUCCACUCCAUAUUUUGGGUGACACUUAAGAAAACUGACCAAAUGCUGGCAGCAAUAUUUGCUCACUGGAUUCUUUUUUAAUUAAUCUAGCUAGGUUGAAAAGCAGCUAAAGAAAUUAGACUAUUUGGUGGACUUGACUUUAGCAAAGCUGAAUUCAUUUAAAGAGCAUUCUGCAUUAAGAGGUGAGACCUGAAUUUUCGACAACUUUAGCCCAAAAAUAAAGGUAAAAACUACUGUCUGUCUUGCAGUUGACCACACAUCUCCAUAUCGCUGAAAAGAUCCUUGUGUUCGUUGUCCUCUCACUUGGGACUGGAACUGCAAAGGCAUUCACUGAGACCAAGCCCUGAACAUUUGCGUUUUUAUUGGAGAUUUGUUUGGCUGUUGCAUUUUUCCCUCUGUUUUAAAUUAAAGGCGAACCGUGUUGCAUUCCUUCAACACAACAGACUGUAUUAACAAAGACAGCUUUCGUCUUUGGCUUCCAAAGAAGAAACAAAAACAUUUACAGAUUGUAGUUUCAUUCAAAACAUUCCUAUUUUAUUUCUAAGUGAAUAUGUGUUAUUUUAUUAAUUUGUUAUUAUUCUGUGUUCUCCUUGUACUGUACCAUUACCACAAAGGAGUUCCUUUUUGAUGGACAGGCAUAUAUAAAAAGCAAAUUUGUCUUUCACCCUGUAAUGAGUAUGUUCAUACUGGAAUAUGAGAUGAUUCUGCAUGACAUUUUGAAAUCAGUAAGAUGUUUGUUUAUUUCAGACAUUUGAGACCAUGUUGGGCUUUGGGCUUUGGUUUUUGGUUUGAAAGCAGAGUAACCAGGGUUAAGUGACUUCAGGUCCUCAGAACCUGAUGGAAAAGACAGCUGUUUGGAACAACUUGUAGUUUGCUAUGUUUUUUUUUUUGGUUCCAAAAUGAUGGAUUAAAUGCUCAGGAAUGAACACUGCAUUAUGAAAUGAAACAGUUAGUAAUAGGUCACAGAAAAAUCAGACCACACAUUUUCAUUUGAUUAGCUUAUGGGUUUAAAUAACAUUAAUUAUGUCUAUCUUUUUGCUAGUUUUAAUAUUUAUUAAAACAAUAUUUUUUAAACAAACAAAAAAAAAAUGCAGUGCCCUUAUUUUGCAACAUAGUCAGUCAGUUUCAUACAGCUUUAUGUCCAUUCCUUAGUUAAAUACACACUUAAUUGUUUGAUAAGUUCCUCUUGUUUUCAUAUAUGAGGAACUGGUAUCUUAAUUGAUUCACUGGACUUGAAAAGUGUUUGGAAGUCCCUUUAAGAGUUUUAGUGUGCUUUAAUGGAAGGGGGAUUGUGAAGUUGAUAAUGAAGAUGAUAAUGAUGAUGAUGGUGACAAACAGCCAAAUUAUUUUUUUACAUUUUUUUUCUGUACUUAAUCAUUACAAAAUGUAUUAACUGAACUUCAUCUCAACUGAACUAUUUCCAAAAUUACUAACAAAAUGAAAGACACAAUCUCAGUCACCCACUGUUUGAACCUUGUAUUAUUGGAACUCUGCACAGUUUGUAAAAUAUUUAGCAGAGUUUUUUUUUGUGAGUCAUAUACAAAGUCUUGUGUGUAUGCUUUGACAUUUUGUGUGCCAAUAAA